UCUCUAUCCACCUACACCCAUUUUCCAUAUUCUAUUAUCCAACGAUCUUUUUGUAGACCCCAAAAGAUUCAAGGGUUUUUGUUUAAUUUCCUUUUGGUUUUGAGAAGAACCCUAUUGGGUUUUUGCUGUACACGACAAUCAACUGAGGUGGGAUACAAUCAGAAUCCUAUUGUUUUUUGUGAAGAAAAGCUUCAAUUAGAUGGGUUUCUUCUAACUUUGCGUUAAUGGGUUUAUGUUGUAUCGAUUUCUUCCACGAAAAAAACAAUCAAAACUACUGUUUUUGGAGCGAUUAUCUUGCGUCUACUUCAUGGACACUGUGUGAAACCAAUUUGGGGAAUUGGGAUUUGACAGAAACUAAUUUGGGUUUCCGUUACUGUGGGAGAAAGAGCUUAUUUUGACCCUUUUUUGGUACUAAACCAUGAAGAAUUACGAUAUGAGAGAAGAACUCAUAUAACAACAGAAGGUGAAAUUAAGAACAAGAAAAGCUUAGUGAUGAAGUUUAUGAAACUUGGUUCUCGUCCUGAUGCUUUCUAUACUGAAAAUGGUGUAAGGUCAAUUUCCUCAGAGGUUCGUAGCGAUCUUAUAAUCCAAGUGAAUGAAACAAGAUAUUUGCUUCACAAGUUUCCCCUUCUGUCGAAAUGCUUGAAGUUGCAGAGACUCUGUUUUGAGAGCUCCGAAUCCUCUCAACUUCAAUUCAUCCAACUCCCUGAUUUCCCAGGAGGCAGUGAAACUUUUGAAUUAUGUGCCAAAUUCUGCUAUGGAAUCACAAUCACUAUCGGUGCCUACAACAUCGUAUCGGCUCGAUGUGCGGCCAAUUACCUUCAAAUGACAGAAGAUUUCGAAAAGGGGAAUUUAGUUCACAAGCUUGAAGUAUUCUUUAACUCCUGCAUUCUUAAUGGAUGGAAGGAUUGCAUUAUUACCCUUCAAACCACAAAAAGAUUCCAAUUAUGGUCAGAGGAAUUGGGGAUCACAAGCCAAUGUAUUGAAGCCAUGGUGUCAAAAGUCCUUUCUAACCCUUUGAAGGUGAGCUUAUCACAUAACCAUUUGAGUCAAAAUGGGGACAAGGAAGACAUUAAUGGAAGCAAAGGGUGGUGGGGUGAGGAUCUUUCGGAGUUAAGAAUGGAUCUUUACAGAAGAAUGAUGACAGCCCUUAAAUCUGGAGGCAAAGUGCCUGCAAAUCUUAUUGGUGAUUGUUUGAAGAUCUACACUUCGAAAUGGCUGCCAAAGAUUUCAAAAAAUCUCGAAAUGGGGUUGGGUUCUGAAUCGGAUCCUUCGAAUUCAAAUAGCAGACUGCUUUUGGAAUCGAUAAUCAUCUUACUCCCGAUGGAAAGAAACGCUGUUUCUUGUAGCUUUUUGCUCAAACUAUUGAAGGCGGCUAACAUACUUCAAGCUUCGUCUUCGACAAGAAUGGAAUUGGCAAGACGGGUUGCGAUUCAACUGGAUGAAGCUAAAGUUUGUGAUUUGAUGAUACCAUCGACAUCAAACGAUAGUGACACGAUAUACGAUCUUGAUAUAGUUUUGAACAUUAUGGAGCAAUUCAUGUUGCAAACACAAGGUCAGCAGCAUAUAAGUCUUCAGAAAAGGUUGGAAAUGGAUGCCAAUGGUGAUUGCGAUUUCCAGGAGAGUUGUACAUCAUCUUCUUCGGGUUCGAAUGGCAGGAUGAUCAAAGUGGCAAGGCUUGUAGAUGGGUAUUUGCAGGAGAUUGCUAGAGAUGUGAAUGUGGCAUUGUCAAAGUUCAUUGCUUUGAUUGAAGCUGUUCCUCAACUUGCUAGAGUGAAUCAUGAUGAUCUUUACAGAGCCAUUGAUAUAUAUCUCAAGUCGCACCCAGACCUGAACAAGAGCGAGAGGAAACACCUUUGUCGAUCACUCAACUGUAAAAGACUAUCAAUGGAAGCAUGCAUGCACGCAGCACAAAACGAGUUGUUGCCAUUACGGGUAGUAGUACAAGUCUUGUUCUUUGAACAAGCUCGAGCAGCUACGGUUGAUGGCCACCUGACUGCACUUCCUAGCCACAUCAAGGCACUAUUAGCUGCCAAAGGCGGUACACCAAGCCCAUCGGGCGCAACCACCCUGCAACCGGAGGACCAGUGGGCAAAGUCACGAAACCCAAGUGUUUCUAGUUCAAGAACAAAGCCGCCAGUAGAGGAUGAUGAUGAUAAUGAUGAUGGUUCUUCAAAGGUGAGACAAAUUUGUUCAAUUGGUAGUCAGCCCAAACGGACGAUGUUCGGUAAGUUGUGGUCGAUGAACUCGAACCAUAACCAAAACGGCAAUUAGGCCCGACUAAUGUAGAAUAAAAAUUUGAUGUCCCCAAAUCUUAUGUCUCUUCCUUGUCAUAUAAUCACGUGAAAACAAAUCAACAGGAAAUAUAAUAUCGUAAACUAAAUAAAUUUAUAUUAAAUGAAAUGAUUAUGUGUUUUCAUGUUAUUGGUGUGACAAAAAAGGGACGUAGGAUAUGAGAACAUAUAUUUUUAUUGACAGAAGUGUGAUAUGAGGGAUGGACUCUUAUAUUUUGACCGACUUAAAUGUUAUGAUGCAUUAGACGACAGUUGUUUUUGACUCUACACCGAUGGGUGAUUUAUGCUAGACAUAAUUGUUGGACUUAAAUACAUGAUAAAUAGAAAUAUGUAUUA